GUAAAAGCUUAAAAAAGAUCCCCGGUCCCCUCGCAAUCUCUUCUUCUGUCGACCGGUGGUGAAGACGCACGUUGCUCUUGCGUGUGUGUUUAUCGCUGUCGUAUUUUGAUUGCAAGUCAGCUCGACAUCCAUCAACCACCAUGUCAGGCAAACCAGCUUUUAAAGUCGCUGACAUCAGCCUGGCUGAUUGGGGCCGGAAAGAAAUUAUGCUGGCUGAGAAUGAAAUGCCGGGAUUGAUGUCUUUGAGGCGCAAGUACAAGGAGUCUCUACCCCUCAAGGGAGCCCGUAUUGCUGGAUGCCUGCACAUGACUGUACAAACUGCAGUCCUCAUUGAGACACUUGUUGCUCUAGGUGCCGAGGUUCAGUGGUCUAGCUGCAAUAUUUUUAGUACUCAAGACCAUGCUGCUGCCGCCAUUGCUAAGACAGGCGUCCCUGUCUAUGCAUGGAAAGGAGAAACAGACGAUGAAUAUAUUUGGUGCAUAGAACAGACUUUAGUGUUCAAAGAUGGGCAGCCACUCAACAUGAUCCUGGAUGAUGGUGGAGAUUUGACUAACUUGGUACAUGAGAAAUACCCUCAGUACCUUGCUAACAUUAAAGGAAUUUCAGAGGAAACUACCACAGGAGUCCAUAAUUUGUAUAAAAUGAUGACCGCUGGCAAAUUGAAGGUUCCAUGUAUUAAUGUCAAUGACUCUGUGACUAAGAGUAAAUUUGACAAUUUGUAUGGUUGCCGAGAGUCUCUUAUUGAUGGUAUUAAAAGAGCUACUGAUGUUAUGUUAGCUGGCAAGGUCUGUGUUGUUGCUGGAUAUGGUGACGUUGGUAAAGGUUGUGCUCAGUCCUUGAGAGCCUUUGGUGGUCGGGUCAUUAUCACAGAAAUUGAUCCAAUCAAUGCCUUGCAAGCAUCUAUGGAGGGAUAUGAGGUGGUGACAAUGGAUGAAGCUUCCAAAGAGGGUCAAAUUUUUGUCACAACUACUGGAUGCAAAGAUAUCAUCACUGGAAAACAUUUCCUAAGUAUGAGAAAUGAUUCCAUCAUUUGCAACAUUGGCCAUUUCGAUUGUGAAAUUGAAGUUACCUGGUUGGAGAAAAAUGCCGUUGAGAAGAUCAACAUUAAACCUCAGGUGGAUCGCUACAAGUUGGCCAAUGGACACCACAUCAUACUUCUGGCAGAAGGUCGUUUAGUUAAUCUUGGAUGUGCCAUGGGUCAUCCUUCAUUUGUGAUGAGCAAUUCCUUCACCAAUCAAACCUUAGCCCAGAUUGAAUUGUGGACCAAACCUGGACAGUAUAGUGUUGGUGUUCACAUGCUACCAAAGAAACUUGAUGAGCAAGUCGCUGCCCUUCACUUAGACCACUUGGGAGUUAAGCUGACCAAGCUUACAGCUGACCAAGCUGCUUACUUGGGCAUUCCUGCUGAGGGACCCUACAAGCCUGAUCACUACAGGUAUUAAAUACUGUCAAAAUACACUUCUGCAUUUUUCAACAUUGCCAUUCAAACAUCAAUUUGUCAACAUACCAUGUGAAAUUAAUUUUAACCAGACAUCACCCUGUGAAUAUUUGUUGUGAUACAAUCUUUUUUAGUUUUACUUCUGUUACUUUUUACUACCAAACUGGUUUUGCACUUUGAAGAAUAAAAGACAACAUUAUCAA